UUUGUCAAAUUAACUAAAAAAUAUAUAUAUAUUUUAGAUAACUCUAUUCGUUUCCCCAACGUUAACCAGUUACGUAAAUUAUCCUAACCUGCUAAGAAAAGUCAAAUCUGACCCAAACGGUAUCCCGUCUACUCAAAACCCUUAUCUCCCUACUGUCACAUGGCAUGAAUGCGAUGCAUGUAGAAAUGGGGGAGAUAGAAAAUGAACCAGCGCGACCGAAAAUUACUGAUGCCAAGGGUAUUCUCCAACAGAACCGCGAGUUCCUGGACUUCUUCUGGGAUAUCGCUAAACCUGAACAAGAGAUACGGCUGAAGGCCAUUGAAAAUCUCAUACAAUAUCUGAAGACUAGUGAAAAGACAGAUGAGUUGACAUACACCCUGAAGAGACUGGUGGAUGGCUUGGCACACACUAGAGAGGCUGCCCGGCCAGGCUUCAGUUUGGCUUUGGGACAGGUACUGAGCGUGUUUGAGGAGGUACCUCUGCGUACAGCUUUUGAUCAAAUCAAAGAGAAGCACAACUUGGCGAAAGUGAAAAAGAAACUCAUCAGAAAUGCUGCUUUUGGGAACUUCUUUGGUGUGCUCGCCCUGUCUCAGUCGACACGCCUUCCAAAGGAGCCUCAGGUGGUGCUGGAGUGUGUGCAGCUCCUCCAGAGCCUAUCGCAGUAUAGAGAACACCUGCGGGACCUGCCCAGGAAGACCAUGGUGGACAUCCUGUCUGAGACGUCAGAGGAGGUGUUUGAGGAGGUGCUGCUGGGAGCCCUGCAGACAGACCUGUCCUCUGCCUUCAGCACCCCUGAGCAGCUGCAGCUCCUCCUGGUGGCCAUGCAGAGGUUCCCCCAGGUGCUCAAGCCCAAGAAGCUGAAGAAGCUGCUGGGCACCUCCACAAUCAUUACCAUGGACAAUAUCCCUAAGUUGACAGAUGUACUGAAGAUGGCGGCCCGCUCAGUCAAGAAGGACCGCCUGCUGCCUGCGGUGGCUCUGGACCUGCUGCAGAUCUCUCUGAGGGAGGACAACUUUGAGCUUUUCUGGAGGGAGACCAUCAUUAACGGCAUGCUGAAAGACCAGCCAGGGCCCACACAUUACCUGAGCUACCGGCUGUUGGGUAGUGCCCUGCCCUUGUUGACUCUGGCCCAGCUAAAACAGGUGUUAAAUGGAGAGGUGAUGAGGGCCUACGGGGAACACGUGGUCUCUGCACAGCUCCCAGACCGCUUUAAGUUUGCCCCCGAGAUGGAGACGUACGUUGGUGACUUCCUGCAGGGCUGCGAUGACCCGGAGAAGCAGCUGGCGGUGAUGGUGGCCUUCUCCCUGCUCACCAACCAGGGCUACCCCGUGGUGCCCUCCUUCUGGAGGGUUGUGCAGCAUCUGCAGCCGACCGCACUGCAGAGCUACGUGGACUGGCUCAAAGACAUGUUCCUCAACCCCCGGCUGGACAGCUGCCUGGACUUCAGCACCCGCAGGCAGAAGGAGAACCAGGAGGGCGGAGUCCAGAGAGAGAACUGUAUAUUCCGCCUGAGGAAGUGGAUCAUUCCACGCCUAACCUCCAUCGCGGAGAACAACCAGGUGAAGAGAGAGGAGGCUCUAGUGAUGGAUGUAGCCAGGUUUGUCUUUUUCCAUGCGUUCUUCAAUGCUAAGAAGGCCACCCCAGACAUACUUGAGACAGAAGCCACCCUGUCAGUGCCCCUGGAUGAGAAGACCAGAGCCAUUGUCAUCAACUCCUUCUUUGGAUUGCUGCAGCACAUCAACCACCUGCCUUUGCUGGGCGACUCCCCUGAGGUGGCAGCCCGCAACCAGAGGCACGUACAGGGUGUGAUGGCUGACGGCUCCAUGUGGAUCUUCUGUCUGGUGCGGUACGCUGACAGCCUGCUCAACCAGCCCAAGUACGCUCAGAGCACCCAGCCAUUCAGCCCCGAGCAGAGACAGGCCUGGGACAGUAUGCUGGCGUCAGUGGGGACUCUAAUGAAGAAAUCUAAGAAAGGCCAGACUCCAGAGACAUCUGCUUUCCAACAACUCUUCCUGCUGGUUGGCAUUCACCUCUUCAAGGCUCCAGAGGAUUUGGUAGACCUGAUGCAGGAUCUGCAGAACUGCAUGGAAAAAGCCCAAGAGAAGAAGUCCAAGAAGAAGAAGAAGCCGGUAACCGGUUCUGCAGCAGCAGGAGAGGAGGAGCCCCACUGGGCUGAGGUGGUGGUGGACAUCCUGCUCUCACUCCUGUCCCAGCCCAGUAGACACAUCCGCCACGUCUGCAGGACUGUCUUCUCCAACAUCUGUCCCCACGUCACCGCCAGAGCCCUCACCGCCAUCUUGGAUGUUCUGGACCCAGAUAAAGAUGAGGAGGACAGUGCCAUCGUGGUGACGGAUGAUACAGACUCUGACAAAAUAAAGAAGAAAGACAAAAAAAAGAAAGGCGAGGAUGAUGAAGACGAUGAAGAGAUGAAUGAGGAAGAGUCGGAUGCAUCAGACGACGACUCUGAUGAGGGUGAAGAUGAGGCCAUGGAGGAGGGGGGUGAGGUGGAUCAGAACUUCCGCAUUGAGCUGAUGAAGGUCCUACAGAACCAGGGUGCCGUGGCCACCAAAGUGGACGGCAGCGAUGAUGACGAGCUGGACGAUGAAGCCAUGAUGAAGCUGGACGGCAGCAUCGCAUCACUGUUCCUAGAACAGAAGAAGAAGAUGCAGGCCAAGAAGGAUGAGAAGGACAAGCUAAAAAAGGAAAAGACCCUCGUCAGAGACUUCAAGAUCAAGGUGCUGGACCUGGUGGAGGUGUUCCUGGCCAGGCAGGGCAGCAGCCCUCUGGUGCUGGGCAUGGUGGAGCCCCUGCUCAGCGUCAUUGAGAGCGGCAUGAGCUCCGAGAGCGACCAGCAGGAGCAGGACUUUCUCCGCAAGGCCGCAGACAUCUUCAAGAACCAGCUGUGCCGGGCCAAGCAGUACUGUAAGACCGUAGGCGACAGACAGGGGGAGCUCCACGACCUGCUGGAGAAACUCAUGACCAAAACCCAGAAGCUGUCUGACUCCUCAGUGUCACUCUACUUCUUCAGUGCAUCUCUGUACCUGGUCAAGGUGCUGAGAGGGGGUGUGCCCGGGGCCUCAGCAGACGGCAAGACAACACUUUCUACUGAGGAGCUGAGGUUCAUGGGUAACGUGGAUGUGGAGAGGGUGUCGGCCAUCUUUAAAGGGGCGCUCUGCUCCUUCAUGACGCGCAGGAAAAGCCCUCUGUCAGGCCUGAUGUUUGUCGACCUCUUCACCCGCUUCCCUGUUCUGUGUGUGAACCUGUUGGUGACCGCAGUGGAACACAUCACAACAGGAGUCAGAGAACACCAACAGAGCCAGGCCAGUGCCAUGGUGCUACGGGGGCUGCAGAGCAGGGAGGUACAGCAGCUGUUAGCAGGCGACCCCUGGGCAGGGCUGCUUCAGCAGGCGGUGGGCCAUGUGGCAGCGAGUCUGGAGACUGUAGUCGAGACUGGUAAGAACAAGGUGGUCCAGGAGAAGUUGGUCAAAGCCCUGGAGCUCGGUCUCUUCCUGGUCAAAACUGUCAACCAGCAGAAGCUGUCUGUGGAUCUGGAGCCCCUCAAAAAGGUUAUUCAGUCCAUGAGAGAGGUUCUGGGCUUCAGGAAGACUGGACAGAUGGAGGACACCUACUGGGCUGUUAUGAAACACUUUGGAGUCAUAAAGCCCAAAAGGGACAGAACCAGGAAAACCAAAGAAGACCAGGCUGAGCCGACCGCUCCCAAGAAGAAGAAAGGAUUCUUGCCCGAGACUAAGAAGAGAAAGAACCGCAAGAAGCAACUGCCUGUCUCUGAGCAGGGGGCAGCAGAUGCCAACACAGUCCCUUUGGGGAAACCAGAGGGAGGAAAGAAGAAAAGAAACAACAAGAGGAAACAGCCAGGAGGGACACCUGUAUUAACAGCCAGGAGGGACACCUGUAUUAACAGCCAGGAGGGACACCUGUAUUAACAGCCAGGAGGGACACCUGUAUUAACAGCCAGGAGGGACACCUGUAUUAACAGCCAGGAGGGACACCUGUAUUAACAGCCAGGAGGCGACACCUGUAUUAACAGCCAGGAGGGACACCUGUAUUAACAGCCAGGAGGGACACCUGUAUUAACAGCCAGGAGGGACACCUGUAUUAACAGCCAGGAGGGACACCUGUAUUAACAGCCAGGAGGGACACCUGUAUUAACAGCCAGGAGGGACACCUGUAUUAACAGCCAGGAGGGACACCUGUAUUAACAGCCAGGAGGGACACCUGUAUUAACAGCCAGGAGGGACACCUGUAUUAACAGCCAGGAGGGACACCUGUAUUAACAGCCAGGAGGGACACCUGUAUUAACAGCCAGGAGGGACACCUGUAUUAACAGCCAGGAGGGACACCUGUAUUAACAGCCAGGAGGGACACCUGUAUUAACAGCCAGGAGGGACACCUGUAUUAACAGCCAGGAGGGACACCUGUAUUAACAGCCAGGAGGGACACCUGUAUUAACAGCCAGGAGGGACACCUGUAUUAACAGCCAGGAGGGACACCUGUAUUAACAGCCAGGAGGGACACCUGUAUUAACAGCCAGGAGGGACACCUGUAUUAACAGCCAGGAGGGACACCUGUAUUAACAGCCAGGAGGGACACCUGUAUUAACAGCCAGGAGGGACACCUGUAUUAACAGCCAGGAGGGACACCUGUAUUAACAGCCAGGAGGGACACCUGUAUUAACAGCCAGGAGGGACACCUGUAUUAACAGCCAGGAGGGACACCUGUAUUAACAGCCAGGAGGGACACCUGCACAGGGUCCGACCAAGAAGGCCAAGACCACACAGCCUGCAGGCAAACAGAAGGGAGGCGGGGGAGAAUAAAGUGGACUAUCUAGACCAUAUUUGUGUGUACACUCGGGUUGUACAAAUAUAUUUUGUUGUAUUCCAGUUUAAUCAAAUGCGUCGCACAAGGCCAGAGAGAGAGCCUGUGGUUGUGAAGAUGGGGUCUCGUGCUCUACGAAGAGCUCCUGUUGAUAUUCUUUUCAUACAAAGGAAGGGUGAGGUUUGUUUGUGGCCUUAGGCUGUAUGUUCCCUUUGCUGCCCUACCCCCUCCCAACACACCAGUGUGAAUCUUAUGCAAAAUUCUGGAGUGUUCACAAGCCUCUGAACUGAUAAGUAUUCAAAUAAUAAUUGGUCAUUGUUUUGUAUGAAAUGUCCAAUCCGAUCACACUGUCUGCUAUGCGCCAUUUAAAGUUCAUUUUGGAUUUAGCUGACAUAUGCAACAUUUUCCUUGCAUGCGUUCUCGAUGUGGCGCAGUCGGCUUGAAUCCAGGCCUUUGGGAUUAUGCUAGUAGACCUCAAGCCUAUUGAAUGUGUUGCACAUGGUGAAAUGACACUGCUUUUAUUGAUAUAAAACAUUUGUUACAUUGAG